AUGGCCUUGGUGUCCUUUUCACAAGUUAGUUCUCCAGUGAUAAGGAGAGGUAUUGCUUUUGUAGUACAAUCAGAAGCCACCUUUUUUAGAUUGUCGAGGUUUCUUCCAGCCAGUGCAAGAGUGGCUCCUAGACAAGCGAACUGCUUUGCUGUUGCGGCCCCAAUGCCUGAACUGGCCCCAGUUAUUAACACUACUUUACCGGUACAAUCGGAAGGACUGUACUAUAAUGCCAGGAGACUGAAUUUUCCACCUGGAGCUUUCCCUAUAAGCGCGCAUUUCCACGAGUUUUCUGUCAGUAGCACACUGAACGUGGCUGGGAGCGAGGCAAUGCAGCUCCUUACGUGA